AAAUCUGAGACCGAGUGUACGUAGAAUAAUAAAGUUUAUAAUAAAAAAUUUGAUAAAUUCUGAUAGUAUCGGAAUUCAAUUUUUACCGAAAGAAUUCUAUUCGUAUGACUUUCUCCUCGAAAUGAUAUACAAACGAACACGUAUUAAACAGGGCCGUUGUUAUUUCUUGGCGAGGACAGUGUAUAUAGCCAAAAAUUAAAUAAAAGUGAGAGAUCGUCGUACUUUUUCAACUCACGCUCUCGAUAAAACUAUUAAUACUUGUCGCACGAUAAAAGGUACUUGUCUCGGGGUAUAAAAUAUCUCGGGAAAUGCUUUUUAAAUGAAGCGAAGGAGCUCGCAAUAGCUGGAUGCUCCUGUGUCCAUGAGAACUGAUAGACAGUGACGAUGGACCCAGAGGAACAUUUAACAGACAAGAGUCAACCGAAGUUCACGCGCUCGGCAGCGAGGCAUCUUCGUCGUAAGCGUUUGCAUGAUGCUCGUAAAGCUGAGAAGCAAAAGGAGAACUUGACCAACGGGAUAAACGCUAGAGCGAAUCAGGAAUCGAUCACGCAGAAUUCCAAUCAGCCAGAAGUAUUAACGAAAUCGAAAGCCCGGAGAUUACGAGUAAAAGUGAAGGCAAAGCUUAUUGACAAUGGCUGUUUGCUGGAGAACUCAUGUGAUUUACGAGAAUCGGUAGAACCAGCGAAUUCGACUGUAUUCGAUAUUGAACAGUGUAAAGCAAAGGACGAGAGAACGAGCCUCAAAGUGGAGUCUGUAAAACAUUCGGCCGAUGAACUACUUAACAACGUGAGAAACCUACAGUUCAUUGAACCCUCUGAAUUAAAUAAUUCACAUCCUCUGAUAGCGGAUAAUAAAACUGAAUCACAAGAUUUCAACUCUAUACAGAAAAGUCCAAGUGCCAAUUGUAAUAAGGAUCAGUCCGGAACUGAACCGAUCUCCGAUUCCUGUCCAGUGGUUACUCAAAUAUAUGUACCAGAUUUAACUUCCGUAAAACGAGAAGAUAUUACUGAAGUGCCCACUGUUUUAAGUACUGAUAAAUUAUCAAGUGAAACUCGUUUACUUGAUAUUAAAUCCGAAACGCCAGCAGCUGUAGCAACUAAAAUGACCAACAGCAAGACAAACGUACCCGAGAAAUCGAGGGAUGAAGUGAAAGCAGAGCGCGAGGCGAAGAAAGCGGCUAAGGCUCUUGCCAAAGCGAAAGCUAAGUCGGCGAAAACGCAAGAUACCUCGAGUAAGAAAUCUUCGACCUCUGACAAACCUCCGCCUUCCGAUAGUGUCAAAAGCAGAGAUUGUGACGAGGCACCGGAGACGUUAACUAAAAAACCUAAAGAAACUGUUCAAACUUCUAAUAAGCCCGUAGUUAAUAAAAUAACGAACGCGUGUACAAAAAGUGAUCCGGAAAAGCCAGAAGCCGAUGGCGAAAAGAAGAGUAAAGCAGAGUUGCGAGCUGAGAGAAGAGCGAAGCAGGAAGCGCAGAGAGCAGCUAAGCAACAGGGUUCGGUAGACAAGAGUAAACUUGAAGGCAAGGAAGAACUUAGUACCACUAAACCUCUGACGCAAACUCCUCCGGCCCAAAAAGUGAAUAAGAUCAGCACGCCUAAGAAAAUUGUGCAGAAAGAUGGCAAAGAUAACGCACACGAAAUAAAUCUGUUCAAACAUUUGUAUCACGAAAGAGAGAAGGCGACCGUUGACGUUCUUCUCGUCAAUUCAAACAUCCAUCCGGCAAUAAUUAGAUUAGGAACGCAAUACGCCAGCAAGGUGAUCGCUGGCAGUAAUGCGAGAUGCGUCGCGUUUUUAGCGUCUGUCAAACAGCUAAUUCAAGAUUUCGAGAGACCGUCGCAGGCCGACUUUAUCAGAGGUCUCGAGGCGAGUUUGAAAAAAUCUGUCGAUUAUUUGCACCACUGUAGGCCUUUAGCUGUUUCCAUGCAGAACGCGUUGAGGCAUUUGAAAUGGCAAAUGACCCAGUUGCCUCCUGCGUUAUCCGAUUCAGAUGCGAAGAGCAAACUGUGCAACGCGAUCGAUACUUAUAUUCGCGAGCAAAUUCUACUCGCCGACAAGUCAAUAUCGAUAACUAUAGAAACGAAGAUUUCGAAUGGAGACGUUAUUCUGACUUAUGGCUAUUCAUCUUUGAUACACAAAAUACUCUUAGACGCGCACGAUGCCGAUAAAAAGUUUCGUGUUAUCGUCGUGGAUGGGAGACCAUGGCUAGAGGGAAAGGAGCAGCUCAGGCGAUUAGCGAAAAACGGGCUCGAAUGUUCUUAUAUUUUAAUUAACGCUUUAAGUUAUGUGAUGCCUGAAGUGAGUAAGGUGUUCCUUGGUGCUCAUGCGAUAUUAGCGAACGGCGCGGUGAUGUCAAGAGUCGGCACUGCUCAAGUUGCCCUAAUGGCAAGAGCUUUUAAUAUUCCAGUGUUAGUCGCUUGCGAGACCCAUAAAUCUUGCGAGCGAGUACAGACAGAUUCUAUCGUAUAUAACGAAUUAGGUAACGCGGACGAACUUGCCCGAGAUAGUGGCAGCGGCACAAAAAAAUCCUUGCUGGCGAAUUGGAAGACUAGAAAGUCAUUGAACCUUUUAAACAUCACGUAUGAUGUUACACCAGCCGACUUGGUGACGGCUGUCGUUACAGAACUAGCUAUUCUACCCUGCACUAGCGUUCCUGUUAUCUUACGUAUUAAACCAUCGGAGAUCUAAGUUUUCCUAUAUUGGGAUUUAAACUUCAUCGCGUAAUAUCUGAAACCCAUUUUAAUUACACUCCUUAACAUACGGCGUCGAUCCUUUUCUUAUAUUUCAUCUUAAUAAACGUAUUAUCGUUGUAUAUUAUGUUGUGUACUUUAAAUAAAUCUCUGAGAUAAUAA